AUGUUGUUCAACUCUGUUGCCCUGACUCUCGCCUCGGCGGGCUCCCUGGUGGCCGCCCAUGGUCACCACGGCCACGCCCACUUCCACCAGCGUGCCGUUGAGACCGAGACCGAGACUGCUGUUGCCGCCGGUCCUACAGCUUAUGAAUUCGUUCUUUUCGACCCCGCACACCCCGGAACCCCCGAGAAGCUCAGCAUGGACAAGGCUUGUGAGGGUCUCGACGACAACGAGUACGAAUGGCUCGGUGACGCUGUCUCGGCUGCUUGCUCUACCAGCACCCAGACUCCUACCUCGACCCCUACUCCCACUUCCACCCCUACUCCUACCUCGACCUACGCUCCCGAGAUCCUAGUCCAGACCUCUGCUGUGAUCUCUAGCUCCAGCUCUAGCUCUAGCUCCACCAGCUCUAUCAUCACAACUAGCAGCACUGUUGCUCCUACUACCUCCUCCUCCACCGCCGUUGCCUCUAGCACCUCCAGCGCUAGCUCUGGCUCCGGCGCCACUGGCAUUGACGCCGAUUUCCCCGAUGGAGAGAUCAGCUGUUCCGACUUCCCAUCCGACUACGGUGCCGUCUCCCUUGACUACCUUGGUCUCGGUGGUUGGUCUGGUGUCCAGUACGUCAGCAUCGUUGACGAGCUUGUCAGCGACAUCACUACCGCUGUUUCUGGCGAGGGCUGCACCAGCGGUGGCAUGUGCUCUUACGCCUGCCCUGCCGGUUACCAAAAGAACCAGUGGCCCUCUACCCAGGGUUCCACUGGCCAGUCCGUUGGUGGUCUCAAGUGUGAGGGUGGCAAGCUCUACCUCACCAACACUGAGCUCGGCAACACUCUCUGUAUCAAGGGUACCGGUGGUGUCUACGUUAAGAACGAGCUUGGCGAUUCCGUUGCUAUUUGCCGUACUGACUACCCCGGUACUGAGUCUGAGACCGUUCCUCUCUCUGCCACCUCCGGUGGUCUCCACGAAUUGACCUGCCCCAACAGUGAAACCUACUUCCAGUGGGAGGGCAAGAGCACCUCUGCUCAGUACUACGUCAACAACAAGGGUGUUUCCACUGAGGAUGGUUGCCAGUGGGGCUCCAGCUCUAAGACCAUGGGUAACUGGGCUCCUAUGAACUUCGGUGUCGGUUACACUUCCGGAACUACCUACCUGUCCAUGUUCAAGAACGAGCCUACUACCGAUGCCGACCUUGACUUCAAGGUCAAGAUCGUUGGUGACGGCCUCAGCGACGAGUGCAGCUACGACGGCGCUGGUAACUUCUACAACAGCGACGGCAAGAUCAGCAGUGGCACCAACGGUUGCACUGUCGGUUUCUCCACCGGUACUGCCCACUUCGUCCUGUACGAGUAA